AUGAAUGAUUCUAGGCAGCAGUCACUGUUCUUCGUCACACUUCCAGAUUUACACAAACUCUGUGCUGUCAGGGUAAUGUUGAGUAGUGGAGUCGCAGAUACUGAGAUUAGGAGUAAACAAAUGAAGAUAUGCAGGCAAUUGCUGUUUUUGCACCAAGAUAUCCUUGCAUCACCUGUGCCCGGAAUAUUUACCCAAAUUUGGGUGGUGAUGGCGAUACCAUUUUAUAAAGCUGGAAAACUUAAUGCCUAUAUUGAAAAAUAUGGAGCUAAGGUGGAGGCUCCACAACAAGUAAUUCCUGUAAUUCUUCAAAACUGCCUUUCAUAUUCACUCACGGCUAGACUUGCUCCAGCCUGGAAUAAAGCUGGCCAUCUCUUGAUACAAGGAAGAGAAUUUCUUUCUCAGAUGGGAAAGCAAAGUGCUGUUGUAUUAGACAUCAAUGUAACAGAAACUCAAGUUUGUCUAAGUAUAGAAGCUUACACAAUCAGACUGCCACCACCUCAGCUAAGAGAAUUUGAUAUUUCUCAGAGUAUUAUAAAGGAUUUUGAAACUAACAAGAAUGCUGUUAUUGAGGGACAUUCGAUUUUAAGCAACUGGUGCUAUGUUUUGCCAAGUAUGAAAAUGGGACAAAUAAUAAGUAUUCUUCACACUACACCCCCUGACUGUCCUUUUCACUCAUAUGAAGAUUUCCAGAUGCACUGGGAUGACCUGUAUGGCUAUAAGCUUCCAGAAGAUUGUGGAACUAUUAAAAUAUAUUGCAGUAUCUUCUUCAAAAUGAUAGGAAGAAGGAUCUUCACAUACCCUCUCAGUUGCAUCAGAAGUCAGCCCAUACAGUUCUUUCCAAGGGUGGAUAUGGAAGGCGUGUUGAAAAGUUUUCUUUCAGAUUUAAAAUCUAAACUGCCCCAUAUAUGUGGCUUUCCCAUAAAGAUGACAACUAAACCGUGCUACUACACACAAGAACUGACUAAACUGCAUCUGCAGGAAAACAAAGUCAAGCCAGCUAAUUUAACCUCUAAACAAAAGUUCAGGUCCUCUGUGGCUCAGGCCCCUUCCAUGAGACCUGCCCAGGCUCAGAGUCUUGCACCACGUUCAGCAGCUCUGGACCACAAGGUGGAGCUUUCAGUCAGCCAGCCAAAGCCCUGCGUGUGCUCAGCUCUGCACCUCCAGCCAGAAUCUGUUCAGAGCAGAAAGGAAUCCCUGUCUGACAAGGCAGCACAAAUACAUCUGGAAGUACCAAAGCUCAACAGAGGAAAUACUCAAGUUCAAGACAAAAAUGUUAGCUCCCCAUGUAAUGUUACCCCUAAAUUCAUACCAGUUUUCAAAAAUCGACCAUUACAGAUGAACAAAAAUAUCUUAGAACCUGACAACCUGAAAAGAAAACAACAUGUUGUUGAAGAAUCUAAGUUGCUUUCACUUAAAACUAGUGUGAUCCAGGAAGAUAAACUGAAAUCAGAUCCAGUUGUUAAAAAAAGGUCUAAUCGCAGCACUCAGAUAAAUGCUAGAAAUUUAAAUCUGAAGACCUCUAGAUCUCUGCAGGGAAAGAGCACCGAGUCCUGUGAAAAUAUGGCAAAAAAUCCCCCUUCUAAUGGAAAAUCAUCAAUUGUGAGUUUAAAUGAAAGUAGACAACUAUCUAAUAGUUCAGUAUUUCAGAUGUCAAAUCACAAGUUAGAUAUGAUAAAAAGUGCUGUUGACUUCCAAGUGAGUGGAAAAGAAAAUUUGACAAGCAAAUAUAUAACACAAAUUUUAGGGAAAGGCCAUGAGUCACUAAAAGUGAAAAGACAACCACACAUUUUUGAAUUAGACACAGAAACAGAAGAUUCUCAAAUGCUACAGCAACAAUUAUUUGAUCAAACUAAAGAAACUGAUGUAAGUGACCACCGAUUAAUAGUGAGCAGAACAGCCCACAGGUCUAAAAGGAAAUUAUGUCAGGACUCUUCAAAAACGUCAGAGAAGCCUCACUCCAAUACUGUCCAUUAUGGACAAUCCAGAUCUUCUAGGAACCAGAUACCUAACUUGGACAAGUCAGAACCUAAGAAAUCUCUCAUCAUUCCCAAAGCUUAGGACAUGGAUGUGAAAGAAGGAAAUAUCCACCAGAGAUAACCACUCUGAACAGUGGAUGGAUACACACGUAGUCCUGUGAACAUGGAAUCAGGCUCCCUGUGCUGCUGUGGAAACUCUUUUUUCACUCAACAGGUUUUUUCAUAGUUGGAUAGUAUUCCAUAGCAUGAGGACACACUGUAUUUAACUCUCCCUACUGACUGACGUUUAAGUUGUUCACAACCUUUCACUAUAACAACAAUGUCAUAUAAUUAGUCUAGUACAGAUCUUUGCAAAAUGUUCAGUUAUAUAGUAGUUUGUUAGUUGGAAAUAUCUUUAUUUUGCCUUUACAAUUUUUAUUAUUGAAAUUUAUUUGAAUUCAUUAUUUUACUGUUGAAAUUUUCAAACCACACAAUGUGCAGAUAAUAGUAUAAAAAAACCUCUGAAUAUUUAUCACUCUGCUUCAGCAACUAUUAAUAUUUUGCCACUCUGUUUCAUCUGUUACUCACAGAUACACUUUUUUUAACUAUACUAUUUUAAAUUCAAUACAUCAUAUAGGUUUAACCCAUAAAUACUUUAGUGUAUAUCUUUUACAGAUAAGGUAAAGCAUAGUUUUAAAGAAAAAAAAAGAAUGUGUAUAUAUACAUUAAAUUUGGAGGGGGUCUGCUGUAUCUUUCAUUCACUAAAUUUCAUUUUAGUUUAAAUAUGCAAACUAACAGGAAGCCCUCAAUAAAAAUAAAAUCUAUUUCACAGAACUAUAGCCUUCAAUCAUAUAAUCAAAAUAUUGGAGGGAGAUUUAUUUGUCCAGCCUUAUUCAUCAAGCAUAUGCUAUGUGCAGGUAGUAGGCUAUUCACUGGGUUACUGAAAUGAUGAGACUGCAAUAGGCUAUGUGAUCUAGUCUCCACAAACCCAUUCUGGGUUGCUGGCAAAGACGUAGGAGUGUAAAUGUAUUGAAGCAAAUGUCAACAAUGACAUUUGGUCCAUGUUACAAAUAAAUGAUCUAACAUAUAAAAAGAGGGAAACAGAAAUGGAGCUUCUCUCCUACCUAGUAUUAUUUUCUGGCUUUCAAACAUUUUAGAUAUUUAAUUUAUAAAACAUGAUAUAAUUGUUGUGGUAAGAUAUUUAAAGAAACCAAAAAUCCUCAUUAUAUUCCACUGAAAUAAUCCUUCAUUUAAAAAGAGCCAGCAGAGAGUUAAGUAUAAGUUGAACUUAGAUUUUUUUAGUGUGAUUUACUGCUUUUGCUACUUCACUAAAGCAUUGCAGUUAAAGGCAAAAAUGAAUACAAACUUUACUUCAAAAUUGUAAAUAUAAUUCUUACUCUUGAAAUUGUGCCUUGCUAAUUUACUGUAUACCUUUACUGUAAAUGUUUCUACUUUCCAGAAUUAUCUCUAUUUUACAAUUAUUUUACCAUUUUCAUAGGGAAACACAUCUGGUUUAAAGCCUAUUUUGAGUGUGCCUGUCUCAUUCUAAAACUAGUAUGAUAGAUAACUAGUAGACUGCAGUAAAAAGUGGUAUGUCACUUUGUGAGGCUAUGGUGAAAGUGUUUGUUUAUGAAAGUGCUGUUGAUAAGGAUAUAUAUUUGGUCACUUGGUCAGUCGUCCGCAACAUGUGCUCAUUCUUGAAACCAGCCUUCUUUCUGCUCCAUGUAUCUCUAGGCUGCCUCCCUGCUACUGUCCAGUUGUCAUGCCUCAGGCAAUAAAAACUUAGUUUACUAUUAGACUUAGCAAAAUAAUUUAAAAAGACAAAUCCACUGCUUAAGUAGUGUGUAGUGUCUCUCAAUUCUUUAUAUAAAUAAUCCUGAUAGCCCCACCUCCACUCUGUUAGUGUCUAAAACUUAGAAUUUAUAUGAAAGCAUUUCUUUAGGUAAAUAUUAACCUACAUGGCAAGGCCUGCUAAUGUUAGCAUCAGGUUAUUUUCUUGAGUAAAGUAGGUUUAUUUUUCAUCUUACAGUGUUUAUCCUAGUGAAAAUUUACCAAAAAAUAUGUAUACACAUAUAACAUAAAUACAUAUGCAUGUAUGUGUGUGCAUAUAUAUGUAUAUGAUUUACCAUAAAGACAAAUUGAUUGAUUGAUUAUUUACUAGUCCAUGUUCAGAGACAAGGGUCCUGACCAAACUGUCGUGCUCAAAUUCACUGGAAGAAUCAAUGGAGAUUUUCAUUCAUUUCAAAGAUUAUAAUUUUGAAAGCCAGAAUAAUUCCAAAUCUAAUUAAGGAAAACUAAUUGUACUUGCUUGUUUAAACUUUUGGUAAUUUAUAUGCAUUGUGGAAUAUCCCUCACCCUGCCCCCAAAUUAUUCUUCACAUUCCAAUUGUAUGUCAGUUUUAGAACCAUUAUAAUUUUAAAAUCAUAAACAAAUGAUUUUGUUUGCCUAUGUAUAGAACCUUAAAAGAUCAGCCAUUACAUUUAAAAACCGAGUGUGCUGAAAUUAAUGCUAAAAGUCACCUUCAUAGAAAUGUAAAGAAACUUUUACUGUACCUUUCAUAUUUCAAAUUUCAGUUUUUUGCUUACUGUAUUACUAUUUCUUUUAUUUAUAUUUUAUUAGAUAUUACUAUAUUAUAUUAUACAUUAUUAUAUAUUAUUUUAUUUAUAUUUGAUUUGUUGCUUACAUAGCAAAUAAGUAAAAAAUAGGGGUUAGUCAGUGAUUAGCUUUUAUCUGAUUAACCAGUUCACUAACCAGUUUUUGCUCUCUAUUUCAAAUUGCACAUCAUCUGUUAUUAUGCUGGAACUGACAAUAUAUUGGGUAUUUAUUGAUACUUAAGAAUGGUCAGUAUUGAUAAAUGCUUAAAGAUGUUAUGGUUAUUAUCUAUUGGUGCUUAAAAUAUUCAUGUUGUGUCCUAUGUAGUAUCAUAGUGUCUUAAUUUUAAUUAAAAGGUAUU